AUGACCGUGGCGCGGUGCCGCGGCGCGGCGCCAAUGCCGGCGUUCAGCCCUGCGACGCUGUUUUCUCCGCGAGCUGAAAAAUAUUUAAAUAUCGAAAUCUACAUAUGUUUUGUUCGUCAUACUUUCGUACGAAAGUACUAUUACGUGUACACGUACAACGCUGUAGACCUACACGUUACCUUCGUAUCAUAUCAUACCUUAUUCGUACAAAGUAGCGAGCCCUACGUGUACGUACAUGUACAGUACGUGUACAUGUACAACGUACGAACAUUUUUGUCGAGAAAGUUUUCAGUGUCGCCAGCUUAA